UCCUCCAGCCUGUACGGCAACUCCCAAAAUAGUAGUACGAAUUCAGGAAGCCUCAGAAAAAAAUGGCAGAAGUAGUUUCACCAAUAACUCGACAAGUAACUAAAGAAAAUCGGGAAAUUAGGAGCCCUCCUGUCGAUAUUCGUCUUGAAGAUGUCGAAGAUUGUUUAAUUUACGACCAGCAUGGAGUCUCUUUUCCUUUCAAGACGUUAUAUCAAGACAGGAAAUCGGUCAUAAUUUUCGUGCGGAAUUUCUUGUGCUACAGCUGCAAAGAAUAUGUGGAGGAUUUGAGCAAAAUACCGAGAGAAGCACUGAAGGAUGCUGACGUUAGACUGAUUGUGAUUGGUCAGUCUGCUCAUCAUCAUAUAGAGCCAUUCUGCACACUGACGGGAUAUCCGUAUGAAAUAUAUGUGGACCCGGAGAGGUGCAUUUAUCAAAAGCUUGGGAUGAAGAGAGAGGAGAAAUUUACAGACUCUGCAAACCCUAGUCCCCAUGUGAAGUCCAGUGUUUUUAUGGGCCAAAUGAGGAGUAUAUGGAGAGCCAUGACGAGCCCUGCAUUCGAUUUUCAGGGUGACCUACAUCAGCAAGGUGGAGCCAUCAUUGCAGGACCAGGCUCUCAAGUUCAUUUUACCCAUUUUGACAUGAACCGCCUGGAUCACAUGCCCAUUAACUGGCUCCUGCAGCUCGCCGGAGUUCAACAGACUCUUGACUUCAGUGAUAAGCCAAAGAUCAUCCAUGUAUAGCCAGCUGGCCGCCUGAAAGUGUGCUUCGCCCCACAUCACUGUUAUUAUCACACAUGCCGCAUCAUUGUCAGUAACAAAUACUAGUGUCCCAGUAUUUCUGAAUGCAUUGUUUGUCAUUUCUAUACCAGGUCAUGACUUGACUGCCUUGCGAGGCUUGGAUAGGUCUGCAUGUUUUAUUUAUUGAACCUUUGUUUAAGUUUCUUGAGAUACAGGUUUGUUUUUACUAGAGACCUUUCCAAAAUGGCAACAUGUUAUAGGUGUCACACAAUUGCAUGAGAAUACACAUCAUUCAUUUCCAACAAUCACACUAUAACACCACAAAACAAGACCUUAGAAACAUGAGUGAUAAAAACUUUCAGUCAGUGCUGAGUGUGAACCCUCAUUCUUUAUCUUGAUAACAGUAUUUUGAUUUUUUUUUUUUUUUUUUUUUAAAUAGCAUGAGUGAUGUGUGGUUGAAUGUGUAAGAAGGGGUGUAUCCAUUACUGUUUUUUGUCAGAUUUUGUUUACUACCUUUUCUAUCAGAAUCCUUAUAUUACAAUGUGUUAUGUUGUGUAAUCCUGUUUACAUACUUGUAAUAAUAUGGUAGUAUGUUUAACAGUGAUGAACAACUGGUGCUCUGAUGUUAGUAACUGACCUCAUCGCACUUGUCCUUUUAUACCCACUUUCCUUGUUUACAAAGUGUUUAAAAUACUGUAAAUAAA